CCUGUCAAUCAUUCUUACGCACUGUCUAUGGUAACCGCUUAUGCCAGAGCUGCCAAUCAAGACACGCACGAGCUACUGCAGGUGCAAAGCUGGGCGCUGUGUUAGCCGCUGCAGUGAAGCCGAGGAAAAAACCCACAUUUCACGAUGGCGUCUGCAAAUGCCACGUACGGACAGAAGGAGUCCACGGACCAGAACUUUGACUACAUGUUUAAAAUCCUUAUCAUUGGCAACAGCAGCGUAGGAAAAACUUCCUUCCUUUUCCGCUAUGCAGACGACUCCUUCACGCCGGCCUUUGUCAGCACGGUGGGCAUCGACUUCAAGGUCAAGACCAUCUACAGGAACGACAAGAGAAUAAAGCUGCAGAUCUGGGAUACAGCUGGGCAGGAGCGCUACAGGACAAUCACCACGGCCUACUACAGGGGAGCCAUGGGCUUCAUCCUCAUGUAUGACAUCACCAAUGAGGAGUCCUUCAACGCUGUACAAGACUGGUCGACCCAGAUCAAGACUUACUCGUGGGACAACGCUCAGGUCCUCUUGGUGGGGAACAAGUGUGACAUGGAGGAUGAGCGAGUGGUGGCUACAGAGAGGGGCCGGCAGCUGUCAGAACAGCUGGGUUUUGAGCACUUUGAAGCGAGCGCUAAAGACAACAUCAACGUGAAGCAGACCUUCGAGCGGCUGGUGGACAUAAUCUGCGAGAGGAUGGCGGAGAGUCUGGACAACAACGACCCGACCGUCACUGGAGCCAAACAGGGGCCACAGCUCAGCGAGCAGCCUCAGAGGUCCCAUCAGGAUUGUGCUUGCUGAACACAACCAACACACACACACACACACACACACACACACACACACACACACACACACACACACACACACACACACACUGCUGUCCUGAAAUCCACACACCUUUCAAGGUUUUUUUUUUUAGUUUGCUUUCUUUUUCUUCUUCAUAUGUACAUACACGACUUUACUACACAUUGAAACACUGCCAUUCAGUGACACACUGGCUGCUUGAAUUCUCCACCCCUCUCACUGCAGCGUCCACACAAAGUGACCCCCCCCUAAAAGACGUGGUGUUUUCAGGAACUCCAUCUUAAAGCUUUUAUUAAUUUCAGUAAUACAGAGAUUAUGUGAUGGUGCUCAUUUAGUCAGAGGGGUGAAGAACAUUUAACAGAUACAAUCCCAAAUAGUCUUUCUUUCAUACUUGUACGCUUUUACUGUAUGUACACACAAAAGCAUACACACUAUACUGUAUCUUAGCAGAGUUCAGAAAAAGAAAAAAAAGGCCACGAAAGGCUAAAACGACAUCAUUCCUUACUGACGUGUCUGUGCUUGGGUUAUGAAGGAGCGAUAACCUCCUCCCACUCAGCACUAAUGCCUAAAUGGAUUCCAAUCAAAUGUUCUGCUUUUAGUCCCACUAAAAAUAUAUGGGUUUUUUUGCUGUGGAUAGUUUCUUUUUUUAUGUUUUUGAGUCGGUCAGAUGUGUGUUUGAACAGUCCCAGUGUUGCGGUUACAGACAUUUAUGGCCCAAGCUUGAAGUCCAAACAGGAUUGUUGGAGAGUUUUUUUUUUUUUUCUCUGUUUAAUUGGAGGAAUAGCAAAAGUGGUGCAUAUCAGUUUUCUAGUGGAGUCAUAUAUUUGUUGUUACAUAAUUAAUUUGGGGCCCUUGUCAGAGUUUUUAUUAGGAAAAUUGAACGGCAGCAUCAGUCGCUUGGUUGGUCAGGAGCAGCAGAGCCUCUGGGCUGCUAGAUUUUAGAUUUUUAGUCUUGUUUAUUUUUACUUUUUUUGUUAUUGUUUUUUAAAGAAUCCAACAAAAUACAAGGAUACGAGUGUAUAAAUGUUGAAAAGUCAAUAGGUAUGCAUUAAAAAUGCAUAUUUAAUAUAUAUACAUAGAAAAUAAACUUAUUAAUAAUAGGGAUGUUUUGGGGAUUUUGGAUUCCGACCUGUGCUUUAGUGAGAGGUGCAUGUUGUUGAUGUUUUUAACGGAUUCUGGUUGACUGGAUGGUUAUUUGUAUGAGCUGUUGUCUGAAUUUAAAGCCCAUCUGUCCUACAGUUUCAGUACGUGGAGGUUCCAAAUGGGGCUAAAGGUUUCAGAUGUUAAGCCAGUGGCCCCUUCACAUUGUAUUAACUUUCAUUCAGUGCAUACGAUGUGCAACAUGCACUCACUAGAAAGGCAUGUGAUUCUGUCAUGUCCAUCAGAUUCCAGAUAGUCUCUUGCGUCUUUGUAGAUGAUCUUUUUGUCUUUAUUUUUGGCGGAUUAUGACGUUUUGAAGCAUGUUAAAUGUCAAAUUGUGAGUCUUAUUUCUCUCUCUGAUGCUACGGUUAAGGGACUCGUCUGCUGGUGUAUUCAGUACAAACCUUCUGUAAGUCAUGCAUUCACAAAUGCGCUGAGGCAUGCACAAAUAGUUUUGCCACGUAAAUUAUUUAUUUUGUAUUAUUUAUAACUUAAUUUAUUUUUAAGGUAGUGUUCUUCCUAGAUUAUUCAUUGCAUUCUGCACUCAGCUUUUUAAAGAGAUGUUCAGUAGCAUUCAGUUGUUCUAACCGUCCCAGCUUUUAAAUGGAAAAAAAAAGGAAAAUGUGUGUUUACGUGCAAAGUCUAAGAUGCUUCCUCAAGAGGAAAGUUAAACAUUCCAGUGUAAGAACCUCUUAUCAUGUCCACGUGGCUUUGCUGGGAAGUUUGUUUGUCUUUUGAUAUCAGUUAUAUAACUUUUAAGACUUAGUAGUGUAAAAACAGUGUACUUUUUUUUCCCUCCGCGCAAAAAUCGGCAACACACAUUCCUACAGGGACUGUACUUGGGAGUGUGAAUGUACAGUUUGUAAAGGGAGUCUUGCUGAUUGUUCUUUCCUAAGAGGUCUUAACAAUAAAUUUAGAGCCAAAAAAAAGCGCCUGUGCUGUCAAACCUGUCUGCUAGUUUUUAUACUCCAGCUUCAAACAGGGAGUGUUUCUGGGAAAUAAACUGAAUACUCUGAACACUUCAUUAAAAAGUCAUUCUUAUCACAUUUGUUCACAUUUGACUUGUUUGUUGUUUUUUUUCUUACUUUAUUUAUUGUGUUUUGCUACAGCUGUAAACUUGCCGAUGACUUAGGAACACAUAUCAGUCCUCUCCUCCUCCCUCUCUCCCUCUCUGCCUGUCAUAAAUAGCCCUUGUAAAUAGGAAUUUUCUGCCCCUCAGGCAUUAGUUGUGUGAAUUGUGCUGUAAUUCUGUAAUGCCAGGUUUACUAAACUAAGGAAUCAAUAAACAAAUUCUUAAAGCUGGA